GCUCUGUGAAUGACGUGCAGCUAAUGUCCCGAGGAUCUGAAUGGAGUUCCAGUCGUGUAAAAGCCAACAGUUGUAGCUCCCUCAGCAGGAUGCUGAUGAGGCCAAGUGUACUUCUGUUUCUGGUUUUCUUUGCCCAAGUUUUAAGGACCCAUUGCCGGCCUGCCAACACAGAUGAAGUCUCUACGGAAGCCGAGCUGUUCACCCUCUAUCCUGGGGAUCGCCUGGAUCUGAGCUGCCCCCUCAAGGAUUCCCUUCAAACUGUGAAUUGGACCAAAGACCAUGUUGUUCUUGUAGAUGGAGAACACACUAGGAUCCGCAGUGGGCAGCUGGAGAUUGAGACCGUGGAGCUGACCGACUCUGGCUUGUAUGGAUGCACAACAUUUGGCAACCAUAGCGUCUAUUUUAACAUCACAGUUGAUGCCUUGGCCUCAUCCGAGGACGAUGAUGACGAGGAGGAGUCUUCAUCAGAGGAAAACAAACAGCUAGCCAGUCAAAAACUUAUGCCGAUGGCUCCACAAUGGGCUCAUCCAGAAAAAAUGUUGAAGCAGCUUCAUGCUGUUCCAGCCAGUAAGACGGUGAAGUUUCGAUGCCAGGCCAGUGGGAACCCAACUCCCAUUCUAAAAUGGUUCAAGAAUGGGAAGGAGUUCAAGAGAGACCAUCGCAUUGGAGGAUUCAAGGUCCGUGACCAUGUGUGGACCAUCAUCAUGGAAUCUGUAGUACCCUCUGAUAAGGGUAACUAUACCUGUGUGGUGGAAAACCAGUAUGGCAGCAUUAAUCACACCUACCAGCUCGAUGUAGUCGAGCGCUCCCCCCAUCGGCCAAUCUUGCAGGCUGGCUUGCCAGCAAAUCGCACAGCAGUGGUAGGCAGCGAUGUGGAGUUUGAGUGCAAGGUGUUCAGUGAUCCUCAGCCUCAUAUUCAGUGGCUCAAACAUAUAGAAGUUAAUGGGAGUCGUGUUGGACCUGAUGGUUUACCUUACGUCCGCGUCCUCAAGCAUUCAGGGGUGAAUAGCUCGGACGCUCAGGUGCUCACCCUCUACAAUGUGACUGAGGAGGAGCGUGGAGAGUAUAUUUGUAAAGUGUCCAAUUAUAUAGGAGAGGCCAAUCAGUCAGCCUGGCUGACUGUCAUCAGAUAUGACCCUUCAGCUGCCACCCCUUACCCGCCAGCCAGCGCCACCUACUUGGAGGUGGUCAUCUACUGUGUGGGCUUCUUUAUCAUCGCCACCAUGGUUGCCAUUGCCAUAAUGGUCAAGAUGCGCUCCUCCUCAAAGAAGGGUGACUUCAACAGUCAGCUGGCUGUCCACAAGCUGGCCAAAAGCAUCCCGCUGCGCAGACAGGUUUCAGUGGACUCCAGCUCUUCCAUCCACUCAGGAGUGAUGCUGGUCCGUCCUUCCCGCCUUUCCUCCAGUGGAACUCCGAUGCUGUCUGGAGUAUCUGAGUAUGAACUACCUCAGGAUCCUCGAUGGGAGCUUCCCAGGGACAAACUUGUUCUAGGAAAGCCACUGGGAGAAGGCUGCUUUGGUCAGGUGGUGAUGGGGGAGGCAAUAGGUCUGGACAAAGAAAAGCCAAAUCGCGUGACCAAGGUCGCAGUGAAAAUGUUGAAACCUGAUGCCACAGAGAAAGACCUGUCAGACUUGAUUUCAGAAAUGGAGAUGAUGAAGAUCAUUGGGAAGCACAAGAACAUCAUUAAUCUGCUGGGAGCCUGCACACAGGAUGGUCCCCUGUAUGUCAUAGUUGAAUAUGCAUCCAAGGGCAACCUGAGGGAGUACCUACGAGCCCGGCGUCCCCCAGGCAUGGAGUACUGUUACAACCCAGACCAGGUUCCUGUGGAGAACAUGCACAUCAAAGACCUGGUGUCCUGUGCUUACCAAGUUGCUCGAGGCAUGGAGUAUUUGGCUUCCAAAAAGUGCAUCCACAGAGACCUGGCUGCUCGUAAUGUUUUGGUAACUGAGGACAAUGUGAUGAAAAUAGCUGACUUUGGCCUGGCAAGAGAUAUCCACCACAUUGACUACUAUAAGAAGACCACAAAUGGUCGUUUACCAGUCAAGUGGAUGGCUCCUGAGGCUCUGUUUGACCGGAUCUACACACACCAAAGUGAUGUCUGGUCAUUUGGGGUUUUGCUUUGGGAGAUUUUCACUCUGGGGGGCUCUCCGUACCCGGGUGUACCAGUGGAGGAGUUGUUCAAGCUGCUAAAGGAGGGUCACCGAAUGGACAAGCCUUCAACGUGCACGAACGAGCUGUAUAUGAUGAUGAGGGACUGCUGGCAUGCUGUUCCCUCUCAGAGACCCACUUUCAAGCAGCUGGUAGAAGACCUGGAUCGAUGUCUCGCCAUGAUAUCCAACCAGGAAUAUUUGGAGCUCUCUGUGCCCUUGGACCAAUAUUCUCCAAGCUACCCUGAAACCCGGAGCUCUACCUGCUCUUCUGGCGAAGACUCCGUUUUCUCCCACGAUGCUGGAGCAGAGGAGCCCUGCCUGCCAAAGUUGCCCCCUCACUCCAAUGGGGCAGCCAUUAAAAAACGUUGAAACCUCAUUUUCAUUCAGACAUUUCUUUUGCUCCCUGUCUCAAGGGGUUGGACUUUUCCCCACAUUCCCAGAGAUGAAGCUAACGAACACUUAUCCUCUGAGAGGCGAGCUCAGAGACACUGCUGAGCUUGUCGGAUCGUAUGGACUGCUAUUGCAGCUGUUUCCCAGUUCUUGGUGGCACUGAUGUUUUGCGGGGCACUUUGUAUUAACGAGUGACGCUUUGUUGCAGUGUCUGUGGGGGAAAAAGGGUACUCUUACUUCACUUUGGGCAUUCCAGUUUUUGGUCAGGAGAAUCAAAGAGACGGACAAAGUUUGGGUCAGCUUUUGUUCUCCAAGGUCAUUUCAUUCUUUCUGGAAAACAUAAAUGUUACUUUUUUUAAAUUGGGGGCCAAAUCCAUAGAAAAUGCUACGACAUGCCACACCACGGUCCAUUACACCAUUAAUUUGUAAAUACAGUUAAAAAAUUAAGAAUAUGAAAUAUAUAUUUACACUAUACAUACUCUUAUUUUUAUUACCAUAAUUGUUUUAUUGUCUUUUGUACAAGGAUAAUAUUGUUUGAUCUAUUUUCUAGUCUAAUCCAUAGGGACAGUUGUUACACAAGGGUAUUUUUUAAAGAAAUGCUGUGGAUUAUUUGGCCAGUUCUUUUCCUGCAGUUUUUCAGCUUUGAUGACUGAAUUUACUGAAUGAAUAAUGGAAAAAUGUAGAUUGGAUAUUUUUAUUUGUAAAAUCAUUUCAUUACACAACUUGUUUGGAGGUUUAUUUUGAGCAGAAGAUGAAUUUAUAAAAAUGUUUCCAUCUGUGUACAAGUGUUUACUUGAAUGCAACAUAUGCAUGUGGAAAUUUGUAGUUUCUGUCAAGAUUGGUCACAGCUGUAAAUAUGAUUAGUUGGAUACCAAGCUUGCUUCAGUUAACAUCAUGCACCUUUGCUGUGCAUGACCUUCAUGUGAUGAACUUUACUGUAAAUGCUUCACCGGGAGUUGCAUUUGCUGCUGUCUAACAUCUGAUGAUGCAGAACACGUGUCACCAUAAAAAGGGUUACUUUAAAUAAAACGUUAUUGAUAAACAA